AUGUCUGCUUCGCAAUCCAAAGGCGGCGGGUUUUUGCGCUCGAUGUCGCCGUUGCCGCUGCUGUACGGCCGCAACUCGGAUUUGCAGAGUGGGAGCAAGCAAUUGAGCUCCAAAGAGAGAAAAUACGUGUCCAACAUCGACAAAGCCCUGACGGUCUUUGAUUCUGUCGAGGAGUGGGCAGACUACAUUUCGUACCUAAGCAAGUUACAGCGGGCAUUACAGACGAACCCUGAGCCGAAGGUCAACCAUUGGAUCCCGAGCGAGUUCGAUAUUUCCAAGACGCUGUCCAAAUGUCUGUCGCCCAAGCUUCCCAGCGGAGUGCAUCGAAAGGCCCUGGAGGUGUACACACAGAUUUUUGAGAUCCUGGGUGUUGACGAGCUGGGGCUGCACAUCAGCACGUGGCUGCCCGGGCUGCUUCCGCUGAUGUCGUACGCCAGCAUCAGUGUGAAGCCGCAAUUGAUUGAGCUGUUAAAAACGUAUGUGGUGCCGAUCGAGCCGUUGAUUCUGCGGGUCAUCUUCCGUGGAAUUCUGCUGAGUCUUUUACCAGCGUUGGACGACACGACUUCCGAGUCGUUCGACGCUGUUCUCGAGCUUAUUGACACUUUCAAGGCGCACUUAAACAACAAUCCGCAUUUCUGGCAGUGUCUUUUUCUGUGCAUCAUUACGUCUCCCGACAAGAGGCUAGGGGCUCUCGAAUGGCUUGUGCGCCGGAUGCCUUCGUUCAAGAUUGAUGGAGAGCCUGAGCUGCGAAAAGAUGCCGUGUUGGGCGCUGUUGACGACGAGACCAGGGCCUGUGUCACUCCAGAGCCAGGACUGCUGAUAAAGGCGUUUGGAGAGGGGCUUACUGACGAGAAUCUGCUGGUACAAAGAGGCUUCUUUGACUUGUUGAUCGGCCGGCUGCAGCUGCACUCGCCGAUCCUCCAGGUUCUCGUUUCCAACGCAGACAAACAGCUGUUGGUGCUGAGAGCUACAGGGACCGUUCUGCGCAAAGACAUGUCGUUAAACAGAAGACUUUGGAACUGGUUGCUUGGACCGUCCAACACAGAACAAGUGCGCGCAGCUGGCAAGGCCGAGCAGCCCAUCACGGCGGAAACAAGAUCGCAGUAUUUCCGUUCGUACGGGCUCGAACAUCUGACACAGGCAAUUUUCGCGCUGCUCGAGGGCUCCACCAGCUCGCAGCCAAGGUACCAGCAACGCAUUGAGGCGUGCAAGAUUGCGGUGGCUAUCAUGGACAAAUGGGAGAUCGGACAGUACAUUGUCCCAAAAAUCCUCAUACCAAUAAUCAGGUGCACCAAAGAGACACACGAGAUGGAGCGGAUAGAGGUUUUUGACGAGCUGGUGAAAAAUGCGAACGCGUUCUUCGACAGCGUCGAGACCAUCAAUAUUUGGGCGGACGUGCUACGGCUCAUCAAAGACAAGGAUAUUGACCUUGUAUUGUUCAUACUUAGACAUUUCCGUGUGGAGGAGGAAGACAUGGUGGUGCUGCAUCUUCCACUGGCCCUUUUGGCAUCGCUGGCCAAGUUUGACGGCAGCAAAAAAUGGAUAGAGCUGCUGAGAGCCCUGCUGGCGCUGAUACCACAGAGAGCGUUCUUGCCGAUCGAACACGCAGACGAAAAGUACGUCCGAAUAGAAACCGUUGAUAAGGCCACAUUCAAGAGCGAGAUAAUUGCCAAACUGGAACAAUACUACAAUUUGACCUCUGAGGAGGCCCAGUUGGAGGCACCAGGGGAAAAACCGUACACCACUGCCGACCUGAGCGCCAUAUUGCUCACAUUGACGACCCAUAUCACCACGGUCCAGCUGGAAACGCGGCAGGCGGCAUUGUUUUAUGAGUUCUCCGAGAUUGUCAACGAGCUGUUGGAAAAGAUCCCAAAUGGAGCAAACCAGUGGAAAGACCUGACAUUACUAAAGGCCGUCAACGGCUACCAAUCGGGCGAUUUCAGCGAGGACUCAGUUCCGAUUGCGUUUGGUAUUUCGCUUCUUUUCAAAACCCUGGCUAAACAAACUUCCGGGGCACAGUUGUUGCAGAUUCUGAAAACCGUCAUGGACCUGCUCUGGAGCUGUUUGGUCCAUCCGAGCGGAAAGUAUCAGGUCGAGACGGUGAAGAUGAUAUGCCAGCUGGAAAUCAGCGUUGACUCACACUACAUUGAGGCUGCGCUCUCGUCACUGUUUCUUGGCUCCGAUAUGCUCACGCGCAUGAAAGCGUUCAACGCUCUAUGGACACACACCCUGGCAUUGAACGAGACAGAGAAUAUUCUUGUUCGUCCGCUGAAACUGCUGUUGGACGAUCUCAGCAGCGAAAACGAAACGAACAAGCUGAUAGUCUCUCGGUGGAUAAAGUCGACUAUUGGCACUGGAUCGAUCAAUAAGGUGUUCAAGAUCCUGUGUUCGGGUCUGCUUUCCAAGAACAGUUUCGUCAACGCUGGCAAGUUUAAAAAUGAGGAAGACGAAGACUUCACGCUUUUCCACUACCAGCUAGCCACCAUUAUAAAUCUUUUGCGCACAGAUCCGCAGCUGGUUUUGCUGUUCAAAAGUGAGCCCUGCACACUCAACAAUGAGGCCGAUAUCAACAUAAUUUCCAGACACCGCUGGGACGUCACCACAUAUAAAUCCCUUCUUGUCACCGUCAUUUCGAGGUUUCUGUCCAUGGACGCUCCAAAGUCUGAUAAAACAGUUGUUGACCAGUACUGCGGCUGCGUAAGGGCCUGUUUGAGUCUUUUGGAAAUGCUGAUAGACGGAACAGAGCACGAAUUUACAGAGAUCGUCACGUCUUUGACAAAACUGUGCAAGAAAGCAAGUCUAUUCGACGACUCGAUUACCACAUUCUACUUAUCCACCAUUUCAAGAUUUAUGAGACUUGCGUACGACUCAAAAAUAUCAAUGGAGCUGUUCGACCACGAAAAUGACGGUAUGCCUCCAAAGUUCGCACAGAUUGUUUCGGACGGAAUUUUGAAUUCGAGGUCGUCGCUGGUACUGGCGUCCUGGAACACUCUCAUCUUGAGCGUCACCAAUUAUGCCCCGGAGCUGGUUUUUAGAAGCAGUUUCAACAUCACUGCUUGUAUUUGUGAGAAGCUGGACGAGUUUUUCACAAUCAACACCCGCUUCAGCCAAACAGAGUCCGACGGCGACUCCGACGAAGCCAUUCUAGAGCUGAUCAACGGUCUGCAGGAACUACUGAAUGUCAACCACAAAUACCUUCUAGCUUCGAAGUCUGGACUUUUUGCUAAUGAGUCGGCCUCAGGGAAGGAGUCCAGUUUCUUCGGGUCCGUCAUGCAGGGUGUUUUCCAGGUAGAAGCUCCUGACGAAAAAGGUGAGGAUUAUUUAAGACGGAUGGAGAUACUAAAGGCUUUCAAGCUCGCCGUGGAGACGUGUUACCGCAUCUGGCUAUGGUCAGACGAGAAUUCGAAAGUCAAGGCCAAUGCCAUCAACGUGGCACCCUCGUCGCCGUUGGUGACUCGAAUGAGUUCCAUAAUAGGCAUUAAUACGACCAGCACAAGACUCAUCGACGAGGAGAAGCCGUCAUUUCUGUCGUUUACGAAAACCGUCAACUACAAUGCUUCACGUCUAAAAUACAGAACCAAGAGAAUAUUGGAGAGCAUCUUUGUGUUAGAGCCGUUGGAGACGCUGGAGACGCUGAUGAGCUCACAAAGGAACCAGGCUAGCCGCUCAGACAGAUAUUCUACAUUCAAAGUGAUCCAUCUUUUAGAUGGAGCCAAAUCAGAGAAAAUCAUUCCUCUAGCGCUGAACUCGCUCAUGUCGAGAGUAAACGUGGCGUCGUUAGAGCAAUCCAAACGGUCGUCCAUGAUUAACGAGCUUAAUGAUAAGGAUAUAUCUACUUUCUUGACUGAGUAUAUGGACUCGUUGAGCAGCGACUCGGUGGAGGAAAUAUGGACGCAAUUGAUAAGCUUUCUAAAAGAUGUCCAAACAAACAUGUCGCACUAUAGACUACUUCUAUCAGACAUCCUCAAAUUCAGCUCUAUUGUUGGAGUAAAGCUGUCGCAAACCAGCUUUGGCGAGCAAAGAAAAGUGCGCAAGGACAUGACGGACUCGUUCAUCAAGAUUCUCACCAUGGCCACCAAUGUCAAGAAUGCGACGUCUGAGGACCAGUCAAUCGCCUCUAUCUUGAAUCCUAUUAAUAUCCUGCCUGGCACAGACAACUAUGACUCGCCAACGUCAUCGGUAUUGAAUUCAGAGUCAACUGGCAAGAUAGAGUCGGGUGUGGAGAACCUCAAAAGUCCGUCAGUCCCAUCCAUGAAAGGAACGUCGCCAGUCAGAGACACUGCUCCGUUGGAAAAAGAGUCGGCGAAGGAGGAGCUGUGCACUUCUAUGGCUUUUGUUGUUCCAAAAGUGCCUGUUAUCGUCCAAGACAGCGACAAGGUGGUGACUUGCUACACGACGAUAAUCAACAACACACUGAUUCCGCUGCUUAAAAACAAAAAUGCGGGUCAAGUUCCAGAGUAUGGGGUGAGUCUGAUCGAGGCUUUAUCUAACACGAACCAAUGUCUGCAGCUGAAACUGUGGAAAAAUCUGUGCUCCGACAUUAUUAUGGACGCUAAAUUCUUCGACACUCCAGUCAGUUCGCGAUGGAAUGGUAUUUUGUACAGUUGGAUCAAAGAAGAUAAGGAAAAGCUGGACGAGCUGGUCACGAGGCUGGUUCCAUACCACGGCUCUUCAACUCUAUUCAACUGGAACGAUUCUGAGAUGUCAAACAAGCGGCUGAAUUUGAAACGGAUGGCCUAUUUGCUGCUAAUUUCUCCAAAGGACAGCCUACUGAACAACGUGAGCGACUUGCAAUUUAGGGUGUCUGACAUGCUGAAAAACUCCUCGAACCAGUCACUGAAGCCUGUCAUUUUUCUCCUUCUUCGGGUAAUUAUCUUCAAAUAUUCCGACCCUCAUCUGAGCACGCUCUGGCCAACAGUUUACACAGAGCUGCAAUAUGCUCUACACCAGUUAUGGGUGAGACUUGAAAAUCCAACGGAGGGAGACAGAAUUACAGGUGCUCAGCUGGAGUUUGACAAUGAGCUAGUCUUACAGGCCUGCAAACUGCUGGACGUCCUGCUAGUUCUGAAGCCUGAGGAGUUCCAGCUGACUGAAUGGCUGUUUGUCUCAGACACGAUUGAUGCCGUGUAUCGUGAUUCCAGCGUUCCGGUGCUGUCUCUGGUCGACAAGAUUAGUAACUUGAAACAGAUGCGGACCAAAGAGCUUUACGACAAGAUUGAGAGUCGUGUGGACAAGUUGAAGAGACCGCUUUUGGCAGGACACAACAGAGUGGAGUCCAUAUACGACCUGCGUGAAUUCUUUGAGACACUCUCUAUUCAGAAUUAUGAAAGCGAAUACGCUCUAUUGGACGCUGAUGCAGAUGCUAUCGAAAAAGACAUUCUUAGCGAUCUCUUUGGCUAG